AAGGUUCUAGUCUUGGCAACUUUCAAGUAUGUAGUAGGGUAUUGUGGGCUGUAGUCUGGUAUACUGCUAUGUAUUGGGGUCCCAGAACUCAUUCUGUCCUUACUGGAAACGUGUACACUUGACCAACAUCUCAUUUCACCCAACCCCCAGCCCUGGGUCACCACGAUGCUGUACCCCUGGAGUAUAUGGACUUUCCACAUAGCGCUAUGCCCUCAGCUAAUUUUCUUCCCAAAUGUGUCUGGCCUUUUAGGUUGUACACCUCACAUCUCUUUUACCUGUGUCAGGGUUACUCCCCUUAUCUUUUCUAACUUCAUCUUUAUUGUUUUGACUGCUUGAUAUUAAGCACAAAUAAUUUUCGGAUCCCGCAUGGAAUUUGAACAGCACUAUUUCUAAACCGUCUGGCCUCAGUGUAUUUUCCUGAUCUCAAUACAGGAAGAACACAGUUCCGUUUUGCCUCUAGGUAGUACUUGGAUAGUAAUUUAAAACAUACCACCACAGAGUUAAACCACUUGGAGCUGUUUUUAUCAACCUUGAAGCAAACACAGUAAAAUUUUAUUUUUAUGAAAGCGGUCUUCCAUUCUCCUUUCUGCUCUGGGCUCCAGGGGCACGUAGAUUUGUAUAUUGCAUUAUAAUACCAGAGGGUUAGUAGCCUUAUCGAACUCGAACUCCAGGGAUAAAGGAGCUGUGUGGGUAAUCUAAGGUUCUUAUUACUGAUCUUUAGCAUUUAAUUAGGUCUUUGUAAAUCUAAAGUACCCAUAGUCAUUUUUAUGAGUUUUCUCAUAACUUCCCUGUGCGAUAUCAACUUUAUUACCCUCACUUUUAUCUUAGUAUUAUCAAGAGGUCAGGCGGAUUUAAAUUUCAUUUUUCCCUGUUUGUAAUUAAGAUUCCUUUUCCUCGAUCAUGUACUUAACUUUAACCCAUAUCCACUAGAACGAGUGCUCAGGUCAGAUGUGACCUUCUACCCUCCACCCAGAGGAAGGCAGUUAGUUACGAAGCUGGGUUUUGAAAGAGCCUUAAAGCAAUUGCGACUAUCAACAGUGGUGUGAGUGCCCAGCCCCAGCAGGAAUCAGAUGGUCCAGCGAUCUUUUGACUGCCACACAUGGACUUCCAAAAAUCCCCAAAGGAAACUGUCCUCAUUACCGGAGGAGGUGGCUAUUUUGGUUUCCGCUUGGGCUGUGCUCUGAGCCAGAAAGGAUUCCAUGUGAUUCUGUUUGACAUCAGCAGCCCCGUUCAUUCCAUUCCCGAGGGAAUCAAGUUUGUCCGUGGAGACAUUCGCCACCUCUCUGCCGUGGAGAAAGCCUUCGAGGAUGUGGACGUCACGUGUGUGUUCCAUGUUGCCUCUUACGGCAUGUCCGGGCGGGAGCAGCUGAAUCGGAGCCUGAUUGAAGAAGUCAACGUGGGGGGCACAGACAACAUCCUCCAGGUCUGCAGGAGAAGAGGGGUACCAAGAUUCGUUUACACCAGCACUUUCAAUGUCGUCUUUGGAGGUCAAGUUAUCAGAAAUGGAGAUGAGUCUCUGCCUUACCUACCUCUUCACCUCCAUCCUGAUCACUACUCUCGGACCAAAUCUAUUGCAGAGAAGAAGGUGCUGGAGGCCAAUGGUACCAGCCUGGUCAGAAGUGAUGGUGUCUUACGAACCUGUGCUCUGCGGCCGGCUGGCAUCUAUGGGCCUGGAGAACAGAGGCACCUUCCCAGGGUAGUGAGCUACAUCGAGAGGGGUCUGUUCAAGUUUGUGUAUGGGGAUCCUGGGAGCCUGGUUGAAUUUGUCCAUGUGGAUAACUUGGUACAGGCUCACAUUCUGGCCUCAGAGGCUCUGAAAGCUGGCAAGGGCCACAUUGCCUCUGGGCAGCCCUACUUCAUUUCAGAUGGCAGGCCCGUGAACAACUUCGAGUUCUUCCGGCCUUUGGUUGAGGGCCUAGGCUACACGUUCCCAUCUGUCCGCCUGCCGCUGACCCUCAUCUACUGCUUUGCGUUCCUGACAGAAGUGGUUCACACCAUCUUAGGUCAACUCUACAACUUCCAGCCCUUCCUCACCCGCACAGAAGUUUACAAAACUGGCGUCACACAUUACUUUAGCCUAGAGAAGGCCAAGAAGGAGCUCGGUUACGAGGCUCAAUCGUUUGACCUCCAGGAAGUAGUAGAAUGGUUUAAAGCCCAUGGUCAUGGCAGAAGUCCUGGGAAUCGUGACUCUGAAUGUCUUCUUUGGGACGGGCUGAUGGUCUUACUCUUGGUUCUAGCAGUUCUCACAUGGCUGCCUACCUCUGUGGUUCUGUCACUGUGAGGGAACUAGAAGUAAGCUGAUCACACUUGCUGAGGUGGUUUUCAAGAAAUACAGGUUUAAAAUAUCUAUAGAUCUAAAUAUAUCUGUAUAGAUACCUAGAUGGAUAGAAAUAGAUCUCUGGUAGCAAAGUUUGGCUCUUCUAAUUGCUACUUCAGAAUAGAUUCUUGGAUCAGGUCUUCAUUUCUUACCUUCUUACACUAAUCCUGAUGGGAGAAAAAUAGAAGCAAAGACAAGUUUGAGAUAUAGUUUCUUGUAUCCUCUUUUAGAUGAGUAUGAAAGAAGUGGCAUUGGAGCCAUGGAGGCAGACUGAGGAAAUUUGGAAAUGUCUUGAGUUUCUCUGAGCCAAAAAUACACUUAUUUCUGUUCCCUCACACUUUGCAUCAACUGAAAAUAGAAUAAAAUGUGCACUGAUGGGGAAUGGCAAAACACUAACAGGCUUGAAAAUGUGUGAAAAACACCAAAUUGGGUCAGAUCCCUACAGACCAACCCUCUGAGGGAUGGUGGCUGCUGAGAGGCGUUAGGAUUUAGGAAUUAUUUUUUGCCCUUUAGGAUAUAAAGGUGUUACACCCGUGUGACCACGUGACAAUGUCUGAUUUUUAAACAGAACUUUGACCUCAUAGGAUUCUUUCGAGGAUUAAAUUAGACAAGACAUGUAAAGUGCCACUCAACACACACGAGCCAGUGUUUUUAAUAUCAUUGCUAUGCAUUCCUUAUGAGGGUUUUCUUCUUCAGGGUAAUUCUGUUCAGAGGCUGCUGGUGCCACUCACCUUUCCAGAAUGUCUUUGUGGUGAGCCCUCUGAGUCCUCAGCAAGCAUGUUUGAAUAUACUCAGUAUUUGUAAAGUUUAGGUCUCUAAGCGUAGAUUGAAAUUUAGGAAGCAGCUACAAAUGUGAUUAAGGAAGAUGAUCAAGCAGAUGAUGUUGUUUGUAAUUUAAAAAUGAAACAUAACUCUCAACCGAUAGACUGGUUUCUCUUCCGGGAAGGGCUUGGGUUGUCGGAAGGCAGCUUCCAGUGAAGGAUGUUUUGAGCAAUGGCGUUGCUGUCUCGCCACUCUUGAGGACUGCUGGGGAAGACAUUCAAGGUGCCCAGGAACCAAAGUGAAAAGAAGACAGAGAAACUUUACCCGUUCCAUGGUUCCAGCUUCAGAAAAGACAGCAUUAAAGCCCAAGGCAGAUAGAUCGUUGAAGAAGGUUACGUUAGAGUCAUGUUGGGAUUAUUUGUAGAAAGAGGAAGCUCUAGGAAUCCUCCCUGGUAAAUGCUGCCUGGGUGUUUGGGGAAAAGUGCUCAACUUGACACCAGAAGACCUGCACCAUUAAGGAAGAUACCGUGUGACCCUAAUCCAGUGACUGAAGCCUCUUCGUUUCCUCACUUGGUAAAUAGGAAUGACUUGUAUUUGCCUUUUUUACAGACCCACCACCCAGCUCACAGGGUUUGUUGUGAGCACAAAAUAAGAUGUUGUGAAAAUACUUUUAAGAUAUAAAUUACAUCAUCACUAU